GCUGUGUUUUACCCACUGUAAAGAACUCAGAAUGACAAAUCUGAAGAUUUCAGAAUUGCUAUUGUUUGCAAUGGCAGCAUUGCACUGUGGGACAUCAGAAGACAUGGACUUUAUUAUGGGUAACUGUAAUGAUAUCAUCAGACUUCCUUGUAAAGCUACUGACCGAACAAAAACGUACCGUUACGUCAUGUGGUAUAAAGCAGAGAGUCUUCCUAUCAUCAAGAAGAAAAACCUUGAAUAUACAUACUAUAAUAACUUAACAUCUGUUUCUCUGGGAAAUAAAGAGACCCUGGUGUUACAUAAUGCGCAGUCUUCAGACUCUGGAGAAUAUAAAUGCUACCUGGCUGCAGAGGUUGGAGGUCGAAAUGACCAUUCUUUAAUUGGAUUGAACAUCUCAGAAUGUUUAAAUGUGAGCACAGUUUAUCCAAUCACCACCACGAUCCCCGCUGAUUCCUGUCCUGUUGUAGCAGAAUUAACUGUUCCCUGGGCUGUCAUUGGCCUUUCUCUUAUCAGCAUGACCAAAGUCAUUCUUUGCAUUAUAACUGUGGGGGUGUGUGAUCGAGUCAUAUUUAGAACACUAAGAAGAAAACAGGAAGUAAGGGGAAGCAAGACUGGAAGGUCAAGCUGGAAAGAUUGAGGUUCACAAAAAGCUCAUUUUAGUUUUACACAUCAAUUAGCCAAGUUAAAACAGUCCAAGCCUGUAAACAUUUACAGGGUUGUUCGCACCAUUAUGUUGUUUUGAUUGGAUCCGUUUUAUUUCUGUGUGGUUUUGCUAUUCUUAUACUUUUUAUGGUCUAUUCCUAGGGGAAGAGGGACAGGCUAUAAUGGGGGCUGUUCUAUAGCUGUUAAGGGAGAGGAGAGUCAUGGAGAGU